AUGUCACCCAAGAACCAUAAGGGCAUGAUGUCUCCCGUAUCAAUCCAGUUUGUCAAGAUUGAAGAAUUUUACGAGAAAUACUGAGGGACUGGUUUGUGAACACUGGACGGAUAUUUAAUAACUGAGAAGAUGGCGUAUGCUUACACAAGAAUAAUGACUGCUCUGGAAGCUAAAGGAUUAGGUUCCAUGUCGGUUAUGAUUGCUGGAAACAAGGAGCAGAAGAAAAAAUAUCUCUCCCGACUCAAUUAAGAACCAUUGAUGUAUGCAUAUGGAGAUACAGAACCUGGAGCAGGAUCAGAUGUUGCUGGGAUUAAAACCAAGGCUGAGAAGAAAGGAGAUAAAUGGGUGAUAAACGGUCAAAAGAUGUGGAUAACCAACGUUGGAGUUACAAACUAUUACUUCGUCCUGGCGCGUACCAACCCUGAACUUAAGUGUCCAGCUAGCAAGGCCUUCACAGGGUUUAUUGUGUACGCAGAUACUCAAGGAGUUACUCCGGUUAGGAAGGAGAAGAAUAUGGGUCAGGGCUCUUCUGAUGCCAGAGGAAUCACGUUCGAGGAUGUUGUUGUACCUGAGGAGAAUGUUCUCAUCGGAGAGGGUGCAGGACUCAAGGUCGCCAUGGGAGCUUUCGACAAGACCCGUCCUCCCGUCGCUGCUGGAGCAGUAGUUAUCUCACAGCGAUCCCACGACGAGGCGACAAAUUACGCAAAUCAACGAAAAACUUUUGGAGUUACCAUUAUCUAACGUCAAGCAGUGGUGUUCAUGUUGGCGGAUAUGGCGCAUGGAACCGAGGCGGCUAGAUUGGCGUAUCAGAAGUCUGCUUGGCAGGCGGAUGAUAAAAUCAAGAACUGCUACAUGGCAUCUAUCGCUAAGUGUCUCGACGGAGAUGUCGCAAAUAAGGUGUACUGUAGAAUGAGCUCCAACGGAAGAAUUUCGACGUUAAGAAACUCGAGGACCUACCUCCCGUCUCACUCAAACUCUGGAGUAUACUGUGUACCUGGGAUACACGCUGAGCUGUUACCAGGGGUUGUCGAGUAGUGAGAGACUACUGUACAUGAAGACUCCUAUGGCUGAGCUUGGUAAACUACUACUUGAAAAUCUACCUCCUACAGACCAUAAACCGGUCAAACGAGCCAAUGUGCAUGAGUUAACUUUCCAUGUUAAUCUCAUACACGUAUAUAUAUCGGCGCAUUUUAAAUAUUUAUUGAA